GUCAAAACCCAAGUUUUAAAUAUCAAAUAUUUAUAACCUUAAAGUUGUGCUUUUAUAAAACAAUAACUUAUUUUAAUAAUUAAUAAUUAUUAUAAAAUGAAGGAAGCAUUUUUAUCAAAUUGCGAAAAAAGUUUUAUACAAAAGAUUAUAUCAGAAGGACAUCGAUUAGACGGCAGAAACUACAAUGAUAGUCGGAAACUGAGUAUAACAUUUGGUUCUGGAUAUGGUAGCUGUAUCGUCUCACUGGGAGAAACCAGAAUAUUAGCACAAGUAUCAUGUGAAGUUGUUCAGCCAAAACAAAUAAGACCUAAUGAAGGCAUUUUAUAUAUAAAUGUUGAAAUUAGCCCAAUGGCAGCACCACAGUUUGAAGCCAAUCGUCAAACAGACCUCACGGUUUAUCUCAACAGAUUAUUAGAGAAAUGCUACAAAGAUUCAAAAUGUAUUGAUCUUGAAUCACUAUGCAUAGUUGUUGAAGAGAAGGUUUGGUCAUUAAGAGUUGAUAUAAAAGUAUUAAAUCAUGACGGGAACCUCAUAGAAUGUGCGAGUAUAGCUACAUUAGCUUCAUUAGCCCACUUCAAGCGUCCAGAUGUAACCCGAAGUGGGGAAAAUGUCAUAAUUCACACAUUAGCAGAAAAGGAUCCAAUACCAACUGUGUUAUAUCACUACCCAGUGUGUUCAACUUUUGCUAUAUUCAGUAAUAACAUUCUUAUAUCAGAUCCAAGUUUCAUUGAAGAAUCUGUGUGUACAAGUAAUUCAGAGGAGGGAAAUAUAAAUGGAGGACUACUUGUGGUUGGCAUGAAUCAAUACAAGGAACUUUGUUUAUUAAACCUCAGUGGAGCUGCAAUAUAUAAUACAAACAUUGUGCAUAGAGCUACACUCAGUGCCGCAGAUAAGUGUAAGAGUAUUGUUGAUUUGAUUAAGAAGACAAUUAUAGAUGAUGAUAAUUUAAGACAGAAGAGGGCUAAAAUUAACUUUGGCGCCAUCAUAACAAGUAAUCAUUUGCAAUCAUUGAGCAGAAAAGAUCUUAGCAUAUGCCUUAAGAACUUUGAUGUCAAAGAACAGACGUUACAAAAUGAUACAGCAGACGUUAUGGAUGUUGAAAUAAACAUGGAGCCCAGCAAAUAUGACGUCGUACAAUCACUACCACAGACGGCAGAAUUAAAGGCGAAGAAGGGUGCUUCGUCCUGGAUAGAAAUAUCAUCGGAAUCAGAAGAAGACUAAAAUCAGACACAAGUUUGUCAAAUAAAAUGUAAUAAAAGUUACAUUUUACUGCUAAUAAAAUCUCUUAAUAGUA